AUGGAACUGAUCAAGCAGUUGCUGAUACAGAACAGCAGCUACACAGAUGAGGUUAUUUCCCUGAAGGCUGAUCCUGCGAGCAUCCACAUCCAGCUCAUUGACCCAGGGUCCUGCCCCCCUGAGGUGACCCACUCAUUCUUCAAGGGAAACUACACCUGGCCAGAGAUCACAGCGGGGGACACUGCAUGUCUGCACUGCUCGGGGAACCCCAAUCACUUUGCCAUGAGAAAAUGUGGUGUGGCCAUGGAGACUGACCGAGCCAAUUGGGAAAAUCCGAUGCUGCAAUCCUGCCCGAUGGUGUUCAGCCUCCCGGACAAUAUCCUAGAUCUGGGGAAUGUCGAGGUCACCGCAGACAACGCCAUGGUGCUUGCUGAGCUGAUUAAGAACCUGACGAGCAACUCCCCCAAGAUUAACCCUCAGGAAGUUGAGAUUGUGGUCAGCAAAGUGGCAGAGAUCCUGCAGGUCGGGGAGGUCACUCCUCUCCUUGGACUGACCAUCAUCAACAUCAUCACCAACAUCAUGGAGAAGGAGAGCAACCUGCAGUCUGUUGCCAACCAAAUCCUGGAGAUCACAGAGAGCAUUGGAAACAAAAUGAGCUUCGAUGGAGAGUCUGUCAGCCUCACCUCCCCCAUGCUGGCCCUGACGGUCUUAAACAUCAACUCCUUCCAAUUCGAUGGACUUGCCUUCGGAGUGACGUCCUUCAUCCCAGGCCACAACCCCCAGACUUUCCUCAAUCAGGACCCGUUCGACGACACCGUGGCGUACAUUUCCCUGCCUCGCUCUCUGGAAAAACACCUUUUUCAACAGAGCAACAGAACCAUGGCCCGGAUCCAGUUCCAUUUCUAUGGGAAACCUGUGCUCUUCCAGGACUCGAUACUUAGAGACAGAAUCCUGAACACGUACGUUGUUUCUGCCAGCGCGACCAACGUCACGAUUCGUGAUCUGACAGACCCAGUAACAAUAACUCUCCAGCACAUAAAGCCUAAUCAGGACCUGUCCAGGACCCCAAUCAGUGCCCUGGAUGAUCGUAUUAUGACCAUGAUCACGUACGUGGGCUGUGGUCUGUCCUCCAUCUUCCUGAUUGUCACCUUGCUGUCCUACAUAGCCUUCGAUAAGCUACGCCAGGACUACCCCUCGAAGAUCCUGAUGAACCUGUCAGCCGCCCUGCUCCUGCUGAACCUGCUGUUCCUGCUCAACACCUGGCUGGCCUCCUUUGGUAACCAUGGCAUGUGCAUCUGCCUGGCUGUCACCUUGCACUACUCCCUGCUGGCCUCCUUCACCUGGAUGCUGCUGGCAGCUGUGCACAUGUACUUCGCUCUCGUCAAGGUCUUCAACAUCUACGUGCGCGCCUACAUCCUCAAGCUCUGCUCCAUUGGCUGGGGGGUUCCACUGGUAGUUGUCAGCAUUGUACUGGUGAUCAACAAAGACUUCUAUGGAAGUGGAGUGUCUGCUGAAUCUGUCAGCCCAUCCAAGACUCCAGAGGAUGUGUUGUGA